GUUUAUAUUUAGGGCCCCGAUGAGAUCUACACCUUCCCACCGUCUCUCAUUUCUCCAUUGUAGAUUCUCGGCGGUGUUCUUUGAAGGCAGCGACAGAAAAUGGGGCUAACGUUCACAAAGCUUUUCAGUCGGCUUUUUGCCAAGAAGGAAAUGCGAAUUUUGAUGGUUGGUCUUGAUGCGGCUGGUAAGACAACUAUCCUUUACAAGCUCAAGCUCGGCGAGAUCGUCACAACAAUCCCUACCAUUGGGUUUAAUGUGGAGACUGUAGAGUACAAAAACAUCAGCUUCACAGUCUGGGAUGUUGGGGGUCAAGACAAGAUCCGUCCCUUGUGGAGGCACUACUUCCAGAACACACAGGGUCUCAUAUUUGUUGUUGACAGCAAUGAUAGAGAUCGAGUUGUUGAGGCCAGGGAUGAAUUGCAUAGGAUGUUGAAUGAGGAUGAGCUGCGAGAUGCAGUUCUGCUUGUCUUUGCUAACAAACAAGAUCUUCCUAAUGCAAUGAAUGCUGCUGAAAUCACUGAUAAGCUGGGUCUCCACUCUCUCCGCCAGCGUCACUGGUACAUCCAGAGCACUUGCGCCACCUCUGGGGAGGGGCUUUAUGAGGGGUUGGAUUGGCUCUCCAACAACAUUGCUAACAAGGCAUAAGGAUAUCGAACAGUUGCUUCUUCUGAGACUCGCAGUUCUGGAUGCAGGGUGAAUAUUAUCUAAUUUUUUCAUGGGGCACCU